AGAGGCUACGUCUGCAUCAUCACCAACGUGGCCUCAAAAUGAGGCAAAACUGCUGUAAACUACACUCAGCUUGUUGACAUGCACGCCCGAUACGCUGAGAGGGGUUUACGCAUCCUGGGCUUUCCCUGCAACCAGUUCGGAAAACAGGAGCCCGGGGAUGAUGCUCAGAUCAAGGCAUUUGCUGCAAACUACGGUGUGAAGUUCGACAUGUUCAGUAAGAUCGAUGUCAACGGGGACGAUGCCCACCCGCUCUGGAAGUGGCUGAAGGACCAGCCCAAGGGGAGAGGCACCCUGGGCAACGCAAUAAAAUGGAACUUCACUAAGUUCCUCAUCAACCGGGAGGGCCAAGUGGUGAAGAGGUACAGCCCGAUGGAUGAUCCCUAUGUGAUUGAGAAGGACCUUUCUCCCUUCCUGUAG